AUGAAGUCUCGAGCUCUACAUCAGGUCGCCUUAAGGAGAGCCAUCCUCUCCAGACCGCAUGUAACACCCCUUGCUAUUCGAUCAGCGAGCAGCGUAUCGCAGCGACCUAAUUCGAACUUUGUCUCGUUCCCCGGUGCAUUGAAGAGCGCAUUCACAAGCAACCUCAAAUUCGAAUCUCCCGAGUCGUAUCCUGCAUUGUCGACGUACCGCGUUGUAGAUCAGCAUGGAGUAGUUGUGGAUGAAUCGUUCAAGCCAGAUAUCUCCAAUGAGGAGGUUAUCCGCCUCUAUAAAGAUAUGGUGUUUAUCUCGAUUAUGGAUCUGAUAAUGUUUGAUGCGCAAAGACAAGGUCGACUCAGCUUUUACAUGGUGAGCGCGGGCGAGGAGGCUGUCAGUAUUGGCAGCUCAAGCGUGCUGGAUCGAGAGGAUGUUAUGUUUACGCAAUAUCGAGAGCAAGGCGUGUUCAAGGAGCGAGGUUUCACAGCAAAGGACUUUAUGGGCCAAUUAUUUGGCAACGUACGGGAUCCAAGCCGAGGACGCAGUAUGCCUGUUCACUAUGGAAGCAAAGAGUUGAAUAUUCACUCCGUUUCAUCGCCAUUAGCGACACAACUUCCCCAUGCUUCAGGGGCUGCAUAUGCUCUAAAGAUGCAAAAACUCCAGAACCCCAGCUCCAAGGCUCGAGUGGCUGUGGCAUACUUUGGUGAAGGCGCUGCGAGUGAAGGAGAUUUCCACGCUGCUCUUAACAUUGCAGCUACGCGAGCUUGUCCUGCUAUCUUCAUCUGCCGAAACAACGGAUACGCCAUUUCAACACCUACGCUAGAUCAAUACCGCGGUGAUGGUAUUGCCAGCCGAGGUAUUGGUUACGGUAUUGACACCAUCCGUGUUGACGGUAACGAUAUCUGGGCAGUCCGAGAAGUCGUAAAGAAGGCCCGCGAAAUGGCCCUCGAGGACGGCGGCAAGCCAAUCCUAAUCGAGGCCAUGACCUACCGUGUCUCACACCACAGCACAUCCGACGACUCAUUCGCUUACCGUGCGCGCGUCGAAGUUGAAGACUGGAAGCGCCGCGAUAACCCCAUCACACGUCUGCGCAAGUGGAUGGAGGCUCAGGGGAUCUGGGACGAGGCCAAAGAGAAGGAGGCCCGGACUGACCUGCGAAAGGAGAUUCUGAAGGCGUUUAGCGAGGCGGAGCGGGAGAAGAAGCCACCGAUGCGAAGCAUGUUUGAGGAUAUGUACGAGGAGAUGACGGAUGACUUGAAGGCUCAGAUGAAGGAGCUCAAGGAGAUGUUGGACAAGUACCCUGAGGAGUAUGAUGUUUCUGAGUUUGAGGGUGGCAAGGAUACCUUGAAGCCAUAG